AUGAAGACUUCAUCGUCUCAGACAUUGGUCGUCCUUGGCUUGGCCGGGUUUGCAGCCGCGGCUGCGGUGCCUCAGACCUACGCUGUCGACAGGACCUAUAGCCUCAUGUCUGAUCUUGGCACCAACUACACUGUUUUUGAGCACGCUGCCACGAACUCCAGGACGAGGUUCGUGACAGACUCGAAGAUCUGCGAGACAACGCCAAAUGUGAAGCAAUACUCUGGUUACUUCGAUGUUGGUACCGAUCAGCAUAUGUUCUUCUGGUUUUUUGAAGCCCGAGAUAAGCCAAAAGAAGCACCUGUGGCAUUAUGGUUGAACGGCGGCCCAGGCUGCAGCUCCAUGAUAGGCCUCUUCCAAGAGAACGGUCCUUGCACUUUCAACAGCGGAGGCGAUGAACCAAAACUGAACCCGAAUUCAUGGAAUAAUUUUGCAAACAUGCUCUAUGUGGAUCAGCCAAUCGGAGUCGGUUUCAGUUAUGGCACGAACGAUGUUGAUUCUACUGUCAAAGCGGCACCCAAAGUUUGGUCUUUGAUGCAGUCAUUCUACGCGCAAUUUCCUGAGUACAAGAAUCGCGAGUUCGGUUUGUUUACAGAGUCAUAUGGCGGUCAUUAUGGCCCAGAGUUUGUGGACCAUUUCCAAAGCCAAAAUGAUAAGAUCAGCAAAGGCGAGGUUAAAGGCGAGAAGAUUAAUGUCGUAGCCUUGGAGAACCAAUUCCGCGACUAUCUUGAUUAUGCUAUUAACAACACUUACAACAAACUAAUCGACCAAGCCAAGUACGAUGAACUUGCUAAAUCUUAUGAGAAAGAUUGCAAGCCUCUCCUCAACCAGUGUACCGCCCCUGAGGGGAACAACGAGGCUUGCCUGAAUGCUGAGACUGCAUGCUACAACGCAAUUGAGGCACCGAUCGAAGCUUCGAAGAUGUUCAAUGUGUACGAUGUCAGAGCCAAAGAUGACAAGUUUCCACCCAGCACUUACGUAAAGUACCUCAACAAGCCUGAAGUGAUGAAGGCUAUUGGUGUUAUAUCGUCGUACCAAGAAUGCCCUCAGGCGCCUUACGACAAGUUUUCAUCCACCGGAGAUGCCCAACGGUCUUUCCUCAAUACCCUGGACAAUGUUACUAAAUCGAACGUCACAGUGCUCGUCUGGGCCGGCGAUGCUGACUGGAUUUGCAACUAUGUGGGCAAUUACAGAGCUGUUACUAGGAUCGGUGGGCCUGAAUUUGAGAAUGCCGCGAUGAAGGAUUUUAUGCUUGAUGGAAAGAAGAAGGGAGAAUACAAGACCGUGAAGAACCUGAGCUGGCUGAGGGUGUAUGACGCGGGCCAUGCGUUGAUGGCAUACCAGCCUGAGGUGGCUCUCGUUGCUUUCAAGCAGACGAUGACCAGGCAGCCGAUCAAUUCUCAGUAA